UGAGUAUAGAUUUUUCAAUAGGAAUAUUGGAGAAUGCCCGCCAUUGUCAUUUUACAACGACAUGUGCGAGGAGCAGUAGGAUCAAUAUUUCGCUAUGUCCGCGCACGCAUCUGGAGUUUUUAAGGAAGGAACGUUAGCGAAUGCUACAUAUAAACAGAAGUGAUACCUAUGUCAAGUUUACAUACUUAUAGCUACGGACUGUACCAAGAAAAGUCAAGGUAUAAAGUACCUAGAGUAAUGCAUCAUUUCAGCUGUACCGCUCUCCAGUAACGUCAGCAUCCCUCCCCGACCAUGAAUAAUCGCGUUACUGAUAUAUGUGAAAGUUGGACAUAUGGCGAAUUACUGGGAUGAAAUCACCCAUGUGUGGCAAUUUCAAAUGAUGAUAUUUCGACAGGAAAAUGGUACGCUGUCAGCGGAUCUUCUGUUAAAGAACAGUUGAGAGUAAAAUCAAUAGGGAAAACUGCAUUCUUUAAAGAGACAAGGGACAAUUAGCAGAGCGUGAGUGGAUUAGUACCAUAUGAUCUGAACAGCUUAACACGGGAUACAAAUUAGCAGUGAUGUUAGAUGAACUCUUGUUUUGUGGACGUCAGUCAUCAUUUAGGGGGCAGCGCGGUUGGAUUUUGCACUGUGUCCUGGAUUAAUCUUGCACCAUGUGCUUUACUUUUCCUGCACUGUGUUUGCCAGUUUAAGCCUCUGUUGUUUCUAUCUUUCACAAUCAGAUUUGCUCAUCUGAUUUGCAGGAUAUUUUCCAAAUUUAGUCAACAGGCUAUUCUCUGUCCAGGAAUAAUUGUCGGAUAUUGACACUGGAAAAAGGGUAUAAAACAGACGACAUAAAAAGGACAAUUCUGCCUUCAACAAGAUAUCUCUUUUGCGACAUUCCAUAAAAGGGUCACCACACGCCACUUCCGUUUCUCAUCUACCUCAACAUUCCCCUUAACCUUAAAGUGUACCAGUUUACAGAAUACCACUUAUUACCAUUAAACCUAACAUUCCAAAAAAGGCAGAAUCCUAACAUAGAGGAAAUGUGAUUUCAACCUGAGAAUUAAGUUCUUGGAAAAGGCAAUCGUAUUACUUAUCUCCGAAAUUUACAUGUUUAUCAAAUUCUUUGUGAGCAAAGUAAAAUGCAAUUAUUGUGUCUCUGUUCUUUGAAUCAUUGAAAAUCACCCUAUGGUGUUCUUGUGGAGGAUACGGAGAAUGGCGAAAUGAGAAAAGACACCUCCCCUGACAUGACACUCUGAAAGUUUUGGCGCUCUCUCGGACAUGGCUGAGAGGCGAUGAAGAAGCAAAACGUCCGGACUUUAUCUCUCAUUGUUUGUACCUUCACGUACCUCUUGGUGGGAGCCGCUGUCUUUGACGCCCUGGAAUCGCAGAACGAAAGUGACGUCAGGAGAGAACUAAAUAGCGAUGAAAUGAAGCUUAGAACUAAAUGCAAUAUCAGCUCAAAGGAAUACGAAGAUCUCAGAACCAUCAUAUGGAAAGUUCAACCCUACAAAAAUGGUCGGCAAUGGAAAUUUGCUGGUGCCUUCUACUUCUCUCUCACAGUUAUCACUACAAUAGGCUAUGGUCACAGCACCCCUCAGACCGACAGCGGGAAAAUCUUCUGUAUGUGGUAUGCUCUCGUGGGGAUUCCUCUUUGUCUCAUCAUGUUCCAAAGUGUCGGUGAACGUCUCAACACAUUUGUGACGUUUCUUCUCAAACAAAUCAAAAAAUGCUUCAGGAGAAAAAAUUGUGAAGUUUCGCAGACAAACCUAAUUAUGGUAGCCUGUAUUUUGUCCUGUUUAUUUUUGACCGUGGGGGCGGUUGUUUUUACCUACUACGAAGACUGGUCGUAUUUAGACGCCUUCUACUAUUGUUUUAUCACGCUGACCACCAUUGGAUUCGGUGAUUACGUGGCAUUACAGAGCAACAAUGCGCUGCAGGACAAUCCACAAUAUGUGACUUUUAGUUUGAUAUUCAUUCUCUUUGGAUUAACGGUCAUCUCUGCAGCAAUGAACCUUUUAGUAUUAAGAUUUUUAACGAUGAAUACCGAAGACGAACAAAGGGACGAGUUAGAAGCAGCUGCGGCUGCGCAGACUGCAGUACGAUUGGAAGGUGACGUCAUAACUUCCAAUGGCAAUGUUGUAUCAGGUGCUCAAGAAAAUCCAGAAUUAAAUGACGUUACGUCCGUGUGCUCAUGUUCAUGCUACAAUCUGCGGAAGAAUAAAAACCGAUACACAGUUACUCGGCUUCCAGGGAAAAUUUCGCAUCUUUUACCGAUGCACAGUGUCAGUUCUGGCAAAGACGAUAACUUUAUGUCAGACGUCGAGUCCAAUUCAGUCUUACAUUUUCAACAUAUUAAUUCAAAAAGGGCAUCGGUAUAAAUUUACAUUUGAAGACUUCAUAUCACAAAAAUUGAGUGGGGAAUUAUUUAAUAUAUAUUUUUACACUGGUACUGAAAUGUGUGCGAAAAUUAUCCAGUUAUCGUUAUCAUAUCAUGUAACCAUUCAGCCAGAUUCUAUUUUUGCAUUCUUAGUAUGUUGACCUUCUUAAUUAUAUCCUAGAAUGUAUACAGAGAAUUGCUGACGCUUUGGGAGACGGUUGCGAUUGCGUACAUAACACGGUGACGUGUAAAUAUUUAUGGACAAACGUGUAUUGCUCUAUAUUUACCAGUAUCUUAUUAAAUUAACGGCCAUCACCAUGAUUUCUAUUUUUAAACAUAAAUUGUCUUUGACCUGUCGGGAUAUAUAAAUAUUACACAAACUAUAGUGAAGAGAUCAUUGAAUUGUAGUUAAUGCGUUGUCAAAACUCAAGGGAUACAUAUAUGUAUUUGAAUAUCUUUCUAUACAGUAAAAAUUAAAAAAAAAAAAGACAAAACGCUUCUAAAAACUUUAACAAUUUGAGGAAAAAAUAAACUGAAACUGUGUUGAUCUCUCCUGUAACUCACUGCGGAUUUUGGGAAUGAAAUUAUGUUCGUGAAAUAUCCCCCUUUAGAAUUUAAUCUGACUUCCUGGUUUAGAUGUUUAAAGAAAAUGCCAGAAUUAAAAUAGGUUUUAAUAGCUGUUUUCAAAAAACGAAAUAUACGUAGCUUUCACGUUUGUUUCAAAAUUUUGUUUCCAUUUACCUUUUGCAAGUUUUUGCUUCACUGUUUAUGAACACUUUUUUCUCCAUUUUAUAAUACUCCACGUUUCGUUGUUAUUUUAUAUAUUGCAAUAUUCUUUACUGGUCGUUAUGAAUGGUGGGAGUUGAUGAAUUGUUACAGCAAUAAGAGUAUGUGUGCGAUAGCAAGCCGGAAUUGAAUGACUGAAACGUUUUUUUUUCUGUAUGUUCUUGUUAAAUUAGUGAAAAGUAGAACCGUUAACUGUGUUAAUGACAUUAAGAGAAGGCUAAUUAAUGAUAUUUUGUAACAACGCCCUAUGUAUCAAAUAUAUUCUUAAAUUUAGAUAGUAUGAAAAGUUUCUUAUAUCAAAGGGACAUAUGACGGUGAUUUUUUUUUUUUUUUUUUUUUGGUCUCUGAUCAUUUCUUCGAUCCAUUGAUAUUAUGAUAUCCUGUAUCUUUUGAACUGGGUAUUCGCUGGUAUGUUGUUUCUAAUUUCAUUGUGACAUAUGGCAUCCAAAUGUUGCAGACUAAGAAUAUCAAAGAAGAAAACAAGUGAGAUGGGUAAACACUGUUCAUAAAUAAUACUUUAUGUCCAUAUCUUCAUGAAGGAUAUGGUGAUAGUUUCAAUAUACUGAUAGUUUAUGUUCAAUAUGUCGGCCAUUUCUUCUUUCAACUUUGAUAAGAAGAACCAGGCACUGUAGGUAAUGAUUCAAUUCUUGACUAAAAUCGUUACGGGGUAAAGAAUUUUUAAUACUUGGUUUAGAAUAAACAUUUUUAUAAUCAAAAUAUAAGCAGAAUUUCUUUUUGGGAAGGGUUUGUAUUUCUCGUAUAUGUUUUUUUUUCAAUUAUCUGAGAAUGCUCCGUGUUCAAGACUGCAUGACUCAUUAAAGGUAAAUAUGCAGUACAAUUUUGUGCAUUUUAUCUAUAUAGAUAAUUAUCAAAUAAUUCACUCACUUAUUUAAUUUUUUUCCAAGAAAACCUUUGUUUUAUAAUAUUAACGUAGGAAGAAUAAUAUUGCCCUUUACAAAAAUUUAGAUUUUUUCAAAUUAAAUUUGUGUAUAUGACAAUUUAAAUGGAAAAAUUCUAAAUAUUUGUAGAAGACAAUGUGGAUGCUGAAUAUUGCAUCAUAUUUUUUUUUUUUUUUUGACCUUGUACUGGUAGUGCGUAACUUUCAAGUUAUGAAAAAUGUUAUUAAUAAUUUUGUCUGUGAUUUUUAUUUAUUGUUAGAUUAACCUCUUUUCCUAAGCAGGAUUUUGAAAUGUGUCCUUCUUCCAUAACCAUAACAUGUGUGAACAAGGGCUGAACUUUUUCAUAUUUUUUGAAAUCAAAUAAAUUUUUAUACAAAGUUGCUGAA